AAUAAAGAGGCUACUAUAAAACGCAGAUAUUUCCCGUAGAUAUUUUUCUCCCCGUAGGGCGCCCUGAGCCAUCCAUCCCUCCCACCUCCCGAGUGUUUCUAUAGUAAUUUCCAGCCAAUGAUCAGUAGGUGUCCACAUCCCUGCUUCCUCACCUCAGCACCAAUCAGCCACACACAGCGACAGGAGACACGGACUGAGCUGAGACCAGGCAGACACACACAAUACAACCCCCGGAUCAAGAGGAGAGGAAACACCUAACCCCCUCUGCGAUUUCCCCCCUUCUUUUUCUACGACACCUUUUUUUGGGCUUAUUUGUGCACUUUCCAGCCUUUUUCUAACGUGACAAGAAAGUCGAUAAAAAAAAUGGUCCUUUUGUUUUGAGCGCUCUAAACGCACACACACACACUCGCCUUCCUCUCCUCCGGCAGCCUGUGUCUGUGCGUCUUCUCGCAUCUUUGCAUUAUUUCGUCCCCCCCCCCUCCCCCCCGCGUAUCGCUUCGCAGUAAUGUGCCGUUGCACGGUCGCAGGCUGGUAGCAUCUUGGGAGCUCUUCUCAACAGGAACCUGACAGCUGCUGGGUAGCACCACGGAAGUGAUUUGAAAUGCUUUAGUGUUCCAGCAAUGGAUCAGCUUUGGCAAUUAAGAGAGAAAGCCCAGAAAAAGCACGGGAGAAGAUAAACCAGGAUGGUAACACACUGUUGGUAACCAGCUUCAGUUCGACAAAGGCCACUGUAACCUCACUCUCUUCUCCUAAAAACUGACAAGCAUUCCUCAGCCAUGUCUAACAUAAACAAUGCACUUUGCAUUGAAAACGGACAGAACGCAGAUGUGUCUCUCUUACAAAAGGAUAAUCUUCAGGAUGGUGGAUUAAGCCAGCUUUUGGAUUAUAACGCAGAAAUGGAAAGGUACAGGUCUUUUGCAAACUUUUAUAAAACCAAUGGGGCAUUUCCACAGACUGCUAAGAUUGCCCGCAUCACAACGCCCAUUUUUCCCAGUGCUAGAAUUGGCAUGUCCCCUUGGAACUGCGAUAACGCCAUGCUCUGGGGAAGGAAAUCAGCGGCAAUAAACCCUAAUAGGACCAGCAUGCAUAGAAAUGACUCCCAGAGGCCGGGGAAGCCUGGCGUGCCGCCAGAGACGCUGCAAAUGGCAAAUAAUAAUUUCCUCUCUACCUUAUCCCCCGAACACUGCAGACCUUUAGCAGGAGAAUGCAUGAACAAGCUGAAAUGCGGCGCUGCUGAAGCAGAGAUAAUGAAUCUCCCAGAACGCGUUGGAACUUUUUCCGCUAUUCCGGCUUUAGGGGGCAUCUCAUUACCUCCCGGGGUCAUCGUCAUGACAGCCCUUCACUCCCCCGCAGCCUCAGCAGCCGUUACAGACAGUGCGUUUCAAAUUGCCAAUCUGGCAGACUGCCCACAGAAUAAUUCCUCGGCAUCCAGUGGAAACCCAGCGAAGAAGAAAAGGAAAAGGUGUGGGGUCUGUGCACCCUGCAGGCGGCUAAUCAACUGUGGUGUCUGCAGCAGUUGUCGGAACCGCAAAACGGGCCACCAGAUCUGCAAAUUUAGGAAAUGCGAGGAGCUGAAGAAGAAGCCAGGCUCGUCGCUGGAGAGGACGCCGGUCAACAACGGCGAAGCAUUUCGGUGGUUCUUUUAGAGAUGUGAGCUGUGGCCGCCCCAUCCAGCAGGAGGGCAGGUGGGACUCUUGACUCUCUGCCAGGAGCACUUGACGGGUUCACAGAACCCAACGCGCCCAACACAUUUGGAGCAGAGGAGAGAAGAAAAGUGGACAGAUAAAAAGAUAAAUGAAAACAUAAUGGUGUUGUUUUAACUCUGUAAUUUCCUUUUCUGUGUAAUUAUUGUACCUUUUGACAGUAUCAUAAUGUAUAUUUUUGGUGUCUAUGAAUGUGUUUUCAGUGUUGUGGCUGUAGCUUUACAGCCAAUCCUAUGUAAAGGA